AGCCAUAAAUUAAAUAAUCUUCUACGGUCUAUCAUAGAACCACCGUAUUAGAAAUUAGAUUAUACUAGUCUAAGACUAUUCUAUUUAUAGGAGAGUCUUAGUCAAUCCCAUACAAUUAGAGUUAUUGUGGUUUUUAGUUUAUAUAUUUAAUUAUUGUGUAAUUCUCGUUCAAAGAAUAUUUAUACUCAUAGUAGUACAAAUAGUAGUGUUCUGUAGUAAGCCGUAAAGAAUAAGGUUAUGUUUUGAAUAAAAUAAGGACAUUGGUCGCUUGAAAUUGUAGUUUUCUUCUUUUAAUUGUCUGCAGAUUAUAAUGGUGUUUGUGAGUAUUGCAAAUUAUGUGAGAUGUAGGGGGCCAGAUGAGUUUUGGCGGAAAAGGAAAAUAUUCAAAUUAGCGGCACAUUAUAUUGGUCGAAGGCGUAAUUGUUAUUCAGUAGCUGUUAGAAAUGUCCAUCGUGCGUUAGUCUAUGCUACUCUUGGACGUAAACUAAAAAAAGAGGAUAUGAAGACAUUGUGGGAUACACGUAUAAAUGCUGCUUGUGAGCAACACAAUAUAACACCAUUUACAUUAAGAGAAGGCUUAGAUCGAGCUGAUAUUAUGCUUGAUCGAAAAAGUUUAUCUGAUUUAGCUUGCUGGGAACCAAAAACGUUUGAGUGUCUAGCUGCUGUAGCAAAGGAGAAGUUGCGGCUUGAUGGUACAAUAGAUGGAAGUGACAAACAUCUACCCACUGGUGUAGAAUUAAAACUACAAGAUGUUAUGCUGGAAGCCUGGUUGAAGGAAACAAAAUAAUCUAUACUUAAUCUUUAUUCAAAUAAAAAUAGGUUUAAGAAUACAUAGUUUAGAAUAUUA